GUUUCAAGGCCUGAAAAUAAUUUCCAAGUACUAGUUAUAUGUCCAUUUCAUAGUUUUGUUUUUUAUCGAAAACUGAAAUCUUCAACUGAAAUAAAACUGAAGGAAACUAUGAUGUAUAAUGAGCAUUUUGUUGUGUUUUAUAUCUCUACAUUCUGAAUAAACAUUUCGAUUGUUACCCAACUGAUUUGAAUAUGAGAUUGAGAGAGGUUAUCAGUUCCAUAUACCUAAUUGUUGUCGUGAAUCAAGAAAUCAGUUGAUUCAGUUGUACUGUGGAAAAAUAAUGAAGUCAUGGCUUUCAUAGGUAGAACUCAAAUGAGAAAUUUAAUCAAUAAUUAUGUAUCAAAACAGAACGAUUUGUCCCUUAGAGAUAUCCUAAGAGAAAUCCAUAGCAGUGCCCGUGUUUUGGGCAAUAUCAUACCAUUCACUUUAUCUGAUAUUGGAGAAGGUAUAACAGAAGUUGCUGUUAAAGAAUGGUUCAUCAAAGAAGGGGACAAAGUAGCCCAAUUCGACAACAUUUGUGAAGUACAGAGUGACAAGGCUUCAGUCACCAUAACAAGUAGAUAUGACGGCGUGGUCAAGAAAAUUCAUUACGAUAUUGAUCAGACUGCAUACGUUGGAAAACCGCUCAUCGAUAUAGAAGUUGAGGAUGAGCCUAAAACAGCUUCAAAACUAGAAAACCCCAAUAAAACAAUUCCAGGUUCUAUAGACAACGUGAAGCAACUUGCGAGCGAUGAAAGUCAAUAUGAAAAUGAUUAUUCCCUAUGCAUUCCUUCUGUGAGGAGAUUAGCCAGACAAUAUAAAAUAGAUCUGAGGCAUGUGAAGGGUACAGGCAAAAACUCCCGUAUUCUUAAAGAAGAUGUAUUACGUUUUCUCGAUAAAAAUAACGAAGAACAUUCCAACACAUCAAUUGCAGAUGUUGGAUCAAAAGAAGAGGUCGUUAAGUUGCAAGGUUUUCAAAAAGCCAUGUUCCAGACAAUGACUGCAUCUCUGAGUAUACCCCAUUUCAACUAUACUGAGGAAAUAAGGAUAACUAAAUUGUCCGCAUUGAGAGAGGAAUUAAAUAAAAAAUCAGAAAGUGGUAUAAAAUUAUCCUUCGUACCUUUCUUCAUCAAAGCAAUAUCGCUAGCUUUAUCCGAGUAUCCCCUGUUAAAUUCAAGUCUAGAUCUCGAAAACGAAAGUAUUACAGUAAAAAAAUAUCAUAACAUAGGAAUUGCAAUGGAUACAAAGGUCGGUUUGGCUGUGCCAGUGAUACAUGAUGUACAAAAUAAAAGGAUUUAUGAAAUAGCCCAAGAGUUGAAUCGUUUAAUGGAAAAAGGAAAAAAUGGAAAUUUUGCCAUAGAAGAUCUGAAAAAUGGGACUUUUACUCUAUCCAACAUUGGGACCAUAGGGGGUGUUUCUGCAUCACCAGUGAUAUUAACACCUCAAAUAGGAAUAGCAGCUAUUGGCGCUAUCCAGACUGUACCAAAAUUCGAUGAAAAUUUUAAAGUAUACGCCGAAAAAGUUCUCUAUAUGACUGGUGCAGGAGAUCAUCGAAUAAUCGAUGGUGCCACUAUGGCGAAAUUCAUCAAUUCAAUCAAAAAGUAUAUUGAGAACCCUUAUUUGUUACUUCUGAAAUCUUAAUUUGUUUUCUAUUAAAUUUUGAAAUCUCUUU